GUUGGGGCCAUUGACAGUGCAGUCAAUGGUCAGCAGUGCCGACCCCGCCCAGCAGGAGGCGCCCGUCCUCACAGCGAACUGCUGCCGUCUUUCACUUCGACUCCGUCAGCCAUUCUGUGGUUCGUGUUCCGUUCAAGUUAGAGCGGCAGAGUGGAUUGACUGACAUGCCAAAAAUUUUCAUCCAAAAGAUUGAGAGUCCUUCCUGCCUCUGGUGUCGAGUGAUUCAAGAUCCUGGUAUCGACGCAGAGACGGCAGAACUUUAUUCCAAGCUCCAGGCUCAAAUGAACCUAUUCUACAAUGACCUGACAAAGGACCGGUCAAGACUGAGCCCCACUUCGUUUGAGGAAGAGGAGGUGUAUGUUGUGUACUGGGAGGAGAGCAAGUCUUGGUGUCGUGCUGUGGUGAAGUCCAUCACGGUGGAUUCAGUGACCUUUCUAGCCUGCUGCUUCCUGGUCGACUAUGGAGAAAGAAUUGUGGUUUCUUCAGACAAGAUCCGGCUGAUAGUUCCUGACUUUCUGCAGCUGCCCUUCUGGGCGCAGAAGUUCCACCUGUCUGGAAUCAAACCAACAACACUGCGAGUCCCUUUUCUGGAAGAGAAGGCAGAGCUCAUUCCUUCCAAUCAGUGGGACAUCUCUGCCACAGUCUACCUUCACAGUCUCCUCAAAGCUUCCGUCCUCGUGGAGGCUGUACUGUUGGAAAGUGAGUCAGACUCAACAGCAAUAGAGCUCUAUCUGUCCACUGGGGACUUCAAGAUCUGUGUCAAUGAUGAGUUGGUGUCCAAGAAGUUUGCAUAUUACAGUGAAGAGUCUGGAAGAGGUGGUCUGGAUGCAUGGGGCAGAAUUCCUAUCAAAUUCUGCUCUGUCUUAACCCAGAUUGACUCAGCAUCUCUCAACAAGCUGGAGGCUGUUAAACCUCCACCGAUGUCCGUAAAACCACAGCAGCCUUUGGAAGUGGAAGCAGAGGGUCUGGAGACAGCUUUCCCACAGGAGGAGCUGCAUAAAGAUGGCAGUAACUUGGAAGGCCUGAAGAGGGAGCUGUCAUCAAACAGCAAAUCCAGGAGCAGCACAGAAGCUUGUUCUGCAGAGAGUGGUUCAUCGGAGGAAGCAGACUCUUGUUUGUCUGCGUCUUUGGGUAGAAGCCUGGAUCUUUUUAGGUUCCUGAAGCAUCUAAAUCAUGACAACAAAACACAGCAUGCUCUUACCGGGGUGGGUCUUGAUGAAGAAUUAAACAUGUGUCGACCCAUCCAGAAGAAAAACUGCUCAUCUUUGCGGACAGAACUGAAACCCAGUCUGCAGGAUGGAGCUGAAACUGUUUGCAGCACUGAAGGUGAAAAUCCAGCAGAAGAGGAGGAAGAGGGUAAACCAGUAGAGUCUGGACGGCCAGAAGCAAGAAGGACCUUUUGCGGUCGAAAAGACUUGGCGAGCACCCGCUUUUUGGAGUGGCUCAACCCCGGACCCUUUAAUCCAGAUCGAGAAGAUUCAGACGAAGUGGCCCCCCGCUGUGAUCCGUGCCUGAGUGGGGUUCUGGUGCACUCAUUCCUCCCCGUAGAAGGGUGCAGUAGUCUGGAAGAUGCCCCCAUCAAUGAUUCUCUCCGUCGGGUGCUGCUAAAGAAACGCUACUGCAGCCUGUCGGCAGCUGACUGCUACAGCUGGCCUGCUGUGGCCCAGGGGAAUAGCACUGUGAUCAUCUCCCAUAGCUCUGACCAGCCACUCAGUUUCCUCGCCCCCCUCCUAAGCCACGUCCUGCAGAACUCUUUGUACACCGCCCGCAUGUCAAGCUCAGGGCCCAUGGGACUGCUGCUCUGUCCCGGCUGGGAGAGGGUCCAGAUGGUGUUCAGUAUGCUGGAAGAGACAAGGGUUUCUGAAAGCCUUCGUCCGGCUACCGCCCUGCUGGGGGUGGGCAAAGAUGAAGCCAAAAAUUUUAAACUUCCCAAAAACUGCCGUAUGUUGGUGACCACGCCGUUCACAGCAGUACGUCUGCUGUCCUGCCACUGCCGCCUCUUCCAGCGGCUAUACCACUUGGUGCUUGACGAGGCCGAUCAGCUCUUCGCUCGUGCUCCUGAUCAGAUGACAACCAUCUUGCAGCACUUCCACAAAGUGACUACCGGUGAGGAGAAAGCCCUUUUUCCCCAGCAGCUGGUUUGCGUGGCUAAAAGGUGGAGCCCCCACAUGGAGGCUAUGGUGGCUGCUUACAUGCCGUACCCCAGCAUCGUCAUAACCAUCCCUGAAGAAGCUGGUCUCUAUGGAAACGUUCAACAGCUCAUCCUCAUGACUGUGGAGAGCAUGAAGAUCCAAGCGCUGUUGGGGGUUUUGGACUUCAGCCCCCUCAGCUGCCAGAAGACUUUGAUCAUAGCAAACUCUGCUCAGGAUGUAGAAUACAUUUAUGAGGCUGUGAGCAGCAAGUCUGCAUUCUGUCUGAAGACCCACGAGGACCUAACUCACCAGUUCACCUCCGUGGCUCAGCAGUGGAGCAAAGUUACGGGACCUGGUUCUCCCCUCAUUCUAGUGACCACUGAUGAGUGCCUGAAGUGUCUUGGUAUCACAGACGCAACAUGUGUCAUUCAUUAUGAAUUUCCCACGGCACCCAAAGGGUUUGGGAGAAGACUCUUCUGCAUGUUCAAAAAUUUCAGGAACCUUUCUCAACAAACGCAGAGCUCCUCCUGUGCUGCGCGCUCAGUGCUGCUGAUCUCAGAGAAGAACUCUCGCCACAUCAUCGGUGUUAUGCGAUACCUCAGACGGACCGAUGCCCUGCUUCCCCCAGAGCUGCUGGCCUUUGAACGGGGAGUCCUGAAGGCCCGGGAUGAGCAGAAAACCAGCCGUCCUCUCUGUAGCUACCUAAAGAGCUUUGGAGUGUGCAGAGACAGCAGUGUGUGUCCUGAUCGGCACACAUUCUCACCCCAGCUGGAUCGCUCUGCACUCCCUGCUGCUGGAAUCAUAGAAGUUCUUCCUCUCUUCAUAAAGUCUGCAUCAGUGUUCGGAGGCCGUUUAAUCAGGAAGGAGGACAGAGAGUUUGAUGAAAUGGUUUCUGGCAUGGCUUCUUAUUAUAGUGACAAGAAACCAGAAGCCAGAGAGCUGCAGGAAGGAGGUUUAUAUGCUGUUCAGGAGGAUGACACCUUCCACAGGGUGAAGAUCCUCUCUUUACCCAAAAAUGGCAAGAGUCAGUUCUUCUGCGUCUAUGUCCGGUUCAUCGAUGUAGGCAGAGAAAAGGAAGUCAAGUCCUACCAGAUGUUAAAGCUGCCGGAGUCCUUUCAUUCUCUGCCCGAACAGGCCGUGGAGAUCAUCGUGUGCGGCGUGAAGCCCGCGGAUGCGGAGACAGACUGGCACCCAAAGGUCAUCAGAACCAUCAGUCAGAAGAUCCGGGGUCUGCAGCAUCGGGCCAGAGCAGUUCUGAGUGUGGGGAACACUGUUUUUGUUGAUCCAAUGGUCCGUGUUACCCAGGUGCCAGGCAUGAAAACUCUCAUCAAUGAGUACAACAUCCAGUCUGAGAUCCUGAAAACGGGAAUGGGGAUCAGAAAUCCAGAUCAUCUGGUCCUUCUGAAGGCAUUAUGCCAAAACGAAAAGGCUUGCAGUCACACAGAAGAAGUUCCCCCAUCAGGGCUUGGGGAUAUGCUGCCAUGUUGGAAUGUCAAAACCACAGCAGAGAACGGAGAAUUAAGGGAACCAAGUAACUCUGUGGAGUCAGCAAACGAGUCCUUAGUCCAGAUUCCCGCAGCUCCUGAUGUACCUCUGGUCUCAGCUCAUGGUGACAAGUCACUGUUUGACAGAUCCAGCUUUUCUGCUGAGCACAUAGAAAGAUUGGUGUCUGCAAGCAUCAGUAAUGGACGAGAAAACAGUCCUGCAGGCAACCCACUCCUUUGUGAAAACGGUGAAGGUGAGGAUGGAAGCUCCACUUACCAGGUUGUUGACAGCGGCCUGACAGACUGUAAAAGCUCUGCAAAGAGCUUCCACCCACAGGUAUGUUGGUACCAGACAUCCCAGUGUGUGAUGGUAACCGUGAGACUGAUGAAUCCAGAGAAUCAGUGCUGCGAUUUCUUUCCUGACAGAGUGACCUACAGUGGCACGGUGGACGGCCGGAUCUUCAGAACCUGCCUGGAGCUGCAGCACAGAAUUGCAGUUGACAGGUGCUCAUGGGAAAUGAAGUCCCAUCAGCCGGUUCUCAAGCUGGUGAAGGAGGAGCAGGGACACUGGGACAGACUGGUCAGGGUGAAGAACAUUUUUGUGACCUACGACACGGAGCACCUUGACGAUGAAGAGGAUGAGGCGUCAGACGGACAGCGGUUCAGAGCAAACACAGGACAGGAGGACGUCUACGUGAACUCUGAGAGCGGCAGUGAGAGCGACUGAGGCCGCUCCACUUCACUCUGCUUUCUGUGCUCGCCUGCUCACUAUGACGUUUGAAGUUAACGUUGAGGAUGUCCAAACCUCUGUUAAAGGUUUAGUUUCUGUGAAUUAAAAGAGGACGCUUUGGUUCACUU